GACUCUGUUCGUUCACCGACCAUACUAGUUUCAACGAAUCUUGAUCAACUCAAAACUUCUCAAACUUGUCUUACUCUUUCUAGACUCUUCUAGCUUUGCUUCUCUUGUUACCGAUUAUAAAUAAUUUACAAGUCCGAUCUUGUACUCGUCAAGAAACAAAAAAAAGUUACAAAAUCUCAAAGGCUAGAAGAAAUUCGAUCAAAACAACAAAUAGAAUUCGAGGAUGAUGUCUAUUUUUAGCCCCUUUGAAGCUCUUUACGCUGAAUCCAACGGCUUCAAGAUGAUAUUCUCAGGCACCAAGAAUCAGUCUCCGGCGACGGAGCAGCAAAAGAACGUUGGAAAAACUCCGGUUUCAUCGGACGACGAAAAGAAUAAUAAGAAGAAGAAGAUCCAACCGAUGAGGAUAGCUCCAGAGCUUGACGGUGUUCAUUGUUUUGAAACUAUUCUUCCAUUUUGAUGAUCAUGAUAAUUAUGAUAAAGAGUUGUAUUAUUUUUCAGUUUUAUUCAUUACUUGUAAAAAAAAUUGUUCCUUUUGUAUAAAGAUUAAUCAGACAGCUUA